UUUUCUAUAAAAACCCUAGAAAGUAACAUCGGCUUGCGGCGAGAGAGAGAGAGAGGGGCGAUGUCCGCGUUGUUGAAGCAACGAAAACGGAAGGAUAGAAGGAGAAGAGAUGGGAGUGAAAAUGCAAGAUCCCGAGGGCCCAAAGAAAUUUCAGAAUCAUCUGGUCCUCGUCCUCUUCUUCAAUGGUCGUUUUGUUUUAACGGACAAACUGGAGCUAGAAAUUUUUUUAUAUCUAAAUGGUUCGUCUUCAGUAUUUCAUGGGACGAUUUGAAGGAAGAGUUGCAUAGGAGGAGAAGACGAUUUCAAAGUGUUGUAGGAGACAUUGCCUUUCAACAUGAUCGUCGGCACGAUGGAGAGCGUCGACCGAUGCUGUCUCCAAUCCAGAUCCAUGAUGACUUACUCCCCUUCUCAAUUUCGGGCACCUGCUGGACUACCCUGGGCUCCACUGUCUAUUGUCUUGGUGGCGGUGGUGGUGGCGCCGCUGGUGGUGAUAUUUCUUUGUGUCAGUCUCGGGAAGUCCGCUAUUUUGAUAUUAAUCGUCCCACGGAGGGCUGGAAGGAAGCUCCUCCCAUGAUUAAUCCCAGAUCAGAAGCUAAAGUUGUGGCUCUCGAUGGCAAGUUAUACGUCUUUGGCGGCUCGGAUUGUGGUGGUGAUUGGGCUGAGGUUUUUGAGCCAUGUGGGCCUGAUGGGGGGGUUCAGGGUCAAUGGACAGCUCUACCUUCACCCCCAUCUCGUCGUCUUCCUUUGUCUGAUUGUUUGUUUGCUGCUGCUGGUUCCCCAAAGAAUCAGAAUCAGAAGAUUUUGGUGGGUUCACAACACCCUAGUCUUGUCUAUGAGUUUGAUGUUACUACGCAAUGUUGGGUUCGUCUCAAGUCUGAUAUGGGUUGUUACCUUCGCCUUCGGUGCAGUUUCUGCCAACCUGUGCUAGUUGACAAUACAUUGUAUUGGGUUGAUCGCGAGCUAAAUGCUUACGAUCUCACUGAGAAGAUAUUGUUUUCAGGGCCCAUAGAAGAUUUGUUGAUUCAUGUGCGACUACAGUGUGAUGGUUAUGAUUUUAGGCCAGCCUUUCUUCAUUUGGCUGGUCAGUAUUUCUGUUUGCUUUGGGUUGUUCCUGAUGAAAGCUCGUCCAACUCCUGCCUUCACUGCACGAUAUUCAGGGUUUCUAAAACCACAGACCUCGAUUAUCGCAGAGGCACCCUGAGUGCUUCUGUUUUGUCUUGCCGCUCUUAUCUUCUCGAUCGUCAUUUGAAUUUUGUUGGUGGCCUGCUGCUCUAAUCGUGCGAAUGGAUUGUUGCUGGCAGAAGGGAUGGUGGAUUUUGAAGUGCAUCCAGAAUUUUAAUCUUGCUUCCUUAAUUGUCUUUCACAUAUCUUUUUUAAGGCCAACUCUUACUGGGUGUCACUCACUUAUUCUGGGAAUCUGUGUUAAACCAAUAUUAGUAUUCCGGUGAGUGUGAAAUUAACAUUAGUAUUCUGGCCUUAUGGAGCCAUGCUAGGUACCAAAUGCUGCCUUUGUUAAAGUUGAUCUAUGUUUUCUAUGGUGCAGCACUUUGCAUUGCAUAUAAUAUUAUCUUUAAUUAAAGAGAUGGAAGUUGU